CGUACACAGCUCAGGCAGAUGAGAAGGCAGUCCCUGCUACUCCUAGAGAUGCUAACGCCAGAGCCAUAUUGGUUUGCAGUGGACCUUUAGAACAUUAUGACUUCCUCAUAAAGCAAGAAGAGCUGAGGAAUGAUGAACAUCAAAGAAGAGUUGUGCAGCACCUGCAGAAGUUGCAUGAGAGCCUUAAAGGCUACAGCAUCAGUUCAAAAAAUCUUUUCUCAAAGCUCUUUGCAAAAACCAAAGCGCCAAAAGGUCUUUAUGUCUAUGGAGAUGUGGGCACAGGAAAGACAAUGGUGAUGGACAUGUUCUAUUCUCACUUAGAAGUAGAAAGGAAAAAGAGAGUCCAUUUUCAUGGCUUCAUGCUAGAUGUACACCAGAGAAUACAUCGCCUUAAGCAGAGCUUGCCAAAAAGAAAGCCAGGAUUUAUGGCCAAAUCAUAUGACCCAAUUGCACCAGUAGCGGAGGAAAUAAGUGAAGAGGCUGCUCUCUUAUGUUUUGAUGAAUUUCAGGUCACUGACAUUGCUGAUGCCAUGAUUCUGAAGCAGCUUUUUGAAAAUCUGUUCCAAAAUGGUGUUGUCGUUGUGGCAACAUCGAACAGGCCGCCAGAAGAUCUCUACAAAAAUGGUCUUCAGAGAGCUAAUUUUGUUCCAUUCAUUGCUGUGCUGAAGAAAUACUGCAGCACAGUCCAGCUUGAUUCUGGAAUAGAUUACAGGAAACAAGUGCUUCCUGCUGCUGGAAAACUUUACUACCUCACAAGUGAAGCUGAUGUGGAGGCUGUCAUGGAUAAGUUGUUUGAUGAGCUGGCUCAGAAACAAAAUGAUUUAACUAGACCAAGGAUUCUAAAAGUGCAAGGCAGAGAGCUGAGGCUGAAUAAAGCGUGUGGAACCAUUGCAGACUUCACGUUUGAAGAGCUGUGCGACAGA